CGGGAGCGAGGCAGCGACCAGGCGCGGGGGACCCGCGUGAGGGGCGACCAGGAGGCGGCGGCGGCGGCGGCGAGGCGUAGCGGCGGGACCGGCGGCGAGGGCAGCACUGCCAUGCACGUUCCUCUCCCGCGGCCAUGUUAACCAGGAAACCUUCGGCCGCCGCUCCCGCCGCCUACCCGACCGGCCGAGGAGGGGACACCGCCGUUCGCCAGCUUCAGGCUUCCCCGGGGAUCGGCGCGGGGGCUCCCCGAAGCGGAGUGGGGACCGGCCCGCCCUCCCCCAUCGCCCUGCCGCCUCUCCGGGCCAGCAACGCUGCCACUACAGCCCACACGAUUGGCGGCGGUAAGCACACCAUGAAUGACCACCUCCACAUCAGCAGCCACAGCCACGGACAGAUCCAGGUUCAGCAACUGUUCGAGGAUAACAGUAACAAAAGGACAGUGCUCACAACCCAACCGAAUGGGCUUACCACGGUCGGCAAGACAGGCUUGCCUGUGGUGCCGGAGCGGCAGCUGGAGAGCAUUCACAGACGGCAGGGGAGUUCCACCUCUCUGAAGUCCAUGGAAAGCAUGGGGAAGGUAAAAGCCACCCCCAUGACACCCGAACAAGCGAUGAAGCAAUACAUGCAAAAACUCACAGCCUUCGAACACCAUGAGAUUUUUAGCUACCCUGAAAUCUACUUCCUGGGUCCAAACGCAAAGAAACGCCAAGGCAUGACCGGUGGACCCAACAACGGCGGUUAUGACGACGACCAGGGAUCGUAUGUGCAGGUGCCCCAUGAUCAUGUGGCUUACAGGUAUGAGGUCCUCAAGGUCAUUGGGAAGGGGAGCUUUGGGCAGGUGGUCAAGGCCUAUGACCACAAAGUCCACCAGCACGUGGCCCUGAAGAUGGUGCGGAACGAAAAGCGCUUCCACCGGCAGGCGGCCGAGGAGAUCCGAAUCUUGGAACACCUACGAAAGCAGGACAAGGACAACACCAUGAACGUCAUCCACAUGCUGGAGAACUUCACCUUCCGCAACCACAUCUGCAUGACGUUUGAGUUGUUGAGCAUGAACCUCUAUGAGCUCAUCAAGAAGAAUAAGUUCCAGGGCUUCAGCCUGCCUCUGGUGCGCAAGUUUGCCCACUCGAUUCUGCAAUGUCUGGAUGCUUUGCACAAGAACAGAAUAAUCCACUGUGACCUUAAGCCCGAGAACAUUUUGUUAAAGCAGCAGGGUCGAAGCAGUAUUAAAGUGAUUGACUUUGGCUCCAGUUGUUACGAGCACCAGCGCGUCUACACGUACAUCCAGUCACGCUUUUACCGGGCUCCGGAAGUGAUCCUGGGAGCCAGGUAUGGCAUGCCCAUUGACAUGUGGAGCCUGGGUUGCAUCCUCGCGGAGCUCCUGACAGGUUACCCCCUCUUGCCUGGGGAGGAUGAAGGGGACCAGCUGGCUUGUAUGAUCGAGCUCUUGGGCAUGCCCUCUCAAAAACUCCUGGAUGCUUCCAAACGAGCCAAAAAUUUCGUGAGCUCCAAGGGUUACCCCCGAUAUUGCACUGUUACGACUCUUUCAGAUGGCUCUGUGGUCCUCAACGGAGGCCGAUCCCGGAGAGGGAAACUGAGGGGUCCGCCAGAGAGCAGAGAGUGGGGGAACGCACUGAAGGGAUGUGAUGAUCCUCUUUUUCUUGACUUCUUAAAACAGUGUUUGGAGUGGGAUCCCGCGGUCCGCAUGACCCCGGGCCAGGCUUUGCGGCAUCCGUGGCUUAGGAGGCGCUUGCCAAAGCCUCCAACCGGGGAGAAGACAGCGGUGAAGAGGGUCACAGAGAGUACUGGUGCUAUCACCUCCAUUUCCAAGUUACCUCCACCUUCCAGCUCAGCUUCCAAGCUGAGGACUAAUUUGGCACAGAUGACAGAUGCCAAUGGGAAUAUUCAGCAGAGGACAGUGUUGCCGAAACUCGUUAGCUGAGCUCCAGUCCCCCGAUGCUGGCAAUCUGAAAAACCGCGUUAUAGCUGAGCCUUACUGGGUUGAAAAAAGUGUAGCUCAGACCUGUUUUUAUUUGCUCAAUAACUCGACUCAUUUGUAUCUUUUCAGCACUUGAUGUAAGACUGUUUUGUUUUUAUAAAAUACAUGGGGACAAUGCUUUAAGUUUUUAUACUUUCUGAAACCGUUUUUGUUUUUCUUCCUUGUGUUCUAAAUGUACGAUGAGCCUUACUGUAUUUCGUGUGGCAGAGUAAUCACAUCGGUGGCAGGCCAUUGAUUCUUCAUGACUGCCACACAUUUACAGAUUGGUCAAACACAUUCACUCUGUUUUCAUGGUUGGUCCUACUCCCCGGGGAGGUGGUCCCCAGAGGCCCUCCUUCUCUCUCCAGGCUCCAGGUUCACAGGGAAGCAGCUCGUCUUGCCUCCGUUUUCCAUAAAUUAAUCUGGGUCAGAGUGGAGGAGGAAGAAGAGGGGGUCGGGGUGAAAAUCUCUAAGGAAAACUGCACUUUCGAAAUUUUCUUUUCUUUCCUCACCGUCUGUUUAAAUGAUUACAAGACAGGAUUGCCCUGCUUUCAACUGCCCACUUAACAUUCUGAUGUCCUUAAGCCACCGAGCGUUUAAUGGAUAAGUGGAAACGGAGAUGUGUGAAUUCCUCCCCAGGCUCUGGGAUGGUGGCUGGGCUUGUCAUAAUCAGGAAGCCUUCUGGUUACGGAAUUGCUUUUGCACCUGAUUUUAAGGACCCCCCCCCCCCACCAUGUUCCCUGCUACCUUUUCUCUUGAUCGUUCCUCUUCCACCACACACACCUGUUGCCCGCGUUUAGUUUGUCUUUUUUUCCUUCCGCUGUCCAUCCCAGACCGCUAACAGACAUUUCAGUUGCCAUUACGUCUACAGUUUCGUACCCCAGUUUUCCAAAAGAACAGCGGCCUAGCUACCUAAAGGUGGGAGUUUCCAUAGUUCCAAAGAAGACUUAGCCGACCCACUGCAGUCAGCUCGACCCUCAGCCUGGGGAAGCAUCAACUCUUUCGUUAGAAAGAAAAGAGGUUGAAAAGGGAGGAGAAAUUCCACUCCAAGUUAAAUGGUCUGACUUAUUCUCUGAUUCACUAGAAGAGCCACAGGGAAAAAAAACAAAACAAAAACCGAUUCCUCUGUUUAGUUGACUUUCUUUUGAAUCGCACUGACUGUUUUUUGUGGGGAAUGAUGCUUUACCUGAGAGAGUAACUGAGAGUUAGGUAAAAGAAUAUUUUCUUCUCUGAAUAAUAAUUAUUUUCACAGUGAAAAUUUCAGUAUUUUAUCACUAAUGUAUGAACGGUGAUAUAUAUCAAUUUCAAGGCACGUGGAAAGAAUUUUUUUAGUAUGUGCAAUUUAAUAGAGAAAGAUUUCUGCCUGUUUGGACAAUAGGUUUUGGAUAGUAAAAAUUAGGAUAAAUAAUCUUUUAUAUGCACAGAUAUUAUUGUAUUGCCUGUAAAUCGAUUUACAAGUACUUAAAGCAUGGUCCCCAGUGAGGCCAAGAAAGUUUCCGGUUACUUUUUUUUUUUUUUAAUUCUAUGUUUUCUCUUACUUAAAAAAAAAGGAAAAAAAAAGAAAAAGAAACAAAUAGAAAGUGUCAUUUUGAAUAAAACAUUUUUUUUUAUCUUGAGACUUUGCCAGUUGAUGGCAAAAAACUAAUGCUCAGGAAUUAUUUCAAAUAUUUGCCAAAAAAAAUCAGUAAUAAGAUUAGCUUAUUAGUAAGUUAGUAAUAUCGCUGUUUGCUUUACUAUUUAAGGAUGGCAUUGAUAAAUUAAUUUGCACCCCUGUACUUAGCGAGUAUAGCUUAUUUUCCCCUAGUCAAAUUCUUUAGCGUAUUAUACACAGUUCUGUGUAAUCUGUGAAGUGCAAUAAUAUGUCAGUAAGUUACAAAAGGAUGCUCAUGUGACAGUGCCCCCAACCAGUGGCUUAUAGGGCUUAAAAAUUGUGUAUUUAUUUUUUAAAAUUUGGCUUAAAAGCAUAAGAAGUAUCAAGAGUUUGGUCUGCGGACUUCGUAAAGCUAUAAGACUCUUAACGAUGGUUCUUGUCUUUAGGUCAUUAAAAUAAAUUUUUGAAAAUGGAAGCUAUUUCCCUUUCCCAGGCCCCUUUCCUCUGUUCUCACUUGGUUGCCGCAGGAGCCUGAGCCUGGCGUUACGAACUCCCCUAGAAUGUCACUAUACUUGCAACAGUUUAGUAGUGGACUGAAAUGGCUUGUCUUUCCCCCAUCACACAAAACUGAUUGCUUGUAGACGCCAGCAGGAUAUUGGUGAUGAGCUUUCCCUAUACAUGGAACCAGAAACUUUAAAACCAACUAUCAUAUGCUACAAGGCUUUUUCUGUUCCUUCUCUUUUUCCCAACUACAGUGAAAUCUCCUUUAUUCAUAAAAACCGUCUCAGCAUUUACUGGUAACCUCUGCUUUGAGGAGAAUCCUAUUUAAUUAUUGUGUCUCAAAUGAAACUGUUGCCUCUUCAUCAUCUUAACCUAAAUAAAGGGCUCUGAUAGGCUACUAGGAGUUGGCUUGGAAACCGUCCUUGGUCUCACAGGUUACCAUUGUCUGGGGAUGUCUGAGCUGUUUUCAGAUUUAGGAAUAGCACAGUGUCGUCUUGUCUUUGGUUGCAGUCUCACUUGGCUCUGUUUCUUGCACUACUAGAGUGUUCUUAGCACAACCGUGGAACACGGAGGGAUUCGAGGCAGCGUAGAUUAACAUUGUAGAGGAGAACUUGUGCCCUUAGUGUUAAUAAUGUGCCUUUUGUUCCGAAUGCCAUGUUACGGGGCAUGCAUUUUUUGGCCUCUUUAACUCUUUGAACGAGAGGUAGUAAAGAUGGAGGCCACCUCUGCAAAGAUAACAUCUGUCUUAAAUAUCUAGAUUUCUAGGCCUUAAUAGAAACCAUAAGGCGUGAAUCGUCAUCGGGCGCUGAGCAAGAUAACUAUUGGCUAGCUACACCAGGAAUUCCAGGUUUAAGAGGUUAAAGAUGGUCUUUGUUGUAUCUUAACAUCAGACUGAUUUUUUAAAUGAUACUUUUUUUUGUUAUGCUAACACUAGACAAAAAAAAUCAACUGUAUUUGUAAAAAUUUACCUCAAACCAUUUAAUUUUAUAGUGUGAUUAAUCCCAGGGCAUUUGGUAUGAACCAAAGUGCAUUCCUUUUUUUAUGUGCCUGGCUCUAGUGAGGAUGGCCAGGGAUUUUUACAAUUUGGGUGCAUGGCAUUUAAGCCACUUUUAAACUUACUGGGUGGUGUGGAGCCCUGUCAGGUGACUCCCUCAGAAUGUUGGAAAACCACUUUAGGCAUCAGUAGCAUUGGGCCAUAUUGGAAAAUCUUAAAAGCGUGAAUUAUUUUAAAGAACAUUCAUUUUUGUAAUUUUUUUCAUCAAGACUAUUUCUGGUAAGCAAAUUUUUUUUUUAAUAAUUAAAAAAAAUCAACUGAUUCGGUUGGUAAAGGUUUUAAUAUUGCCCAACAUAAUGCUGUGGUAGCAUUUGAAGAAAAACAAAACAAAAGUAUUUGUGGACUCUCUGUUUUUAGGGGCUUGUACAUCUCUCUGCUAUGGACAUAUAUACGAUACAUUGUAAUUAUAUCAGGCUCAACUGCUGCAGUUUGUCUAGGCCGGGGCUGGGUUUUUAAUCGAGCAACACCUUAGACACGUGACUGUAUUAAUGCUGCAACUGUAUGUACUGAAAAUAUGUGAAACGGUUGAAUGUGGACUGUGUAUAUAUGUAUGUACAGAUUUCUGUGAGAUGCUGCUGUUGCCACUUAACAUGGAAAGUGUUCUAGUGGGGUUUGAAUCCUAGUGGCCAGUUCUAUGAUACUGUAUGCAUUGUACAGCCGGAGGCAGAAGUAAGACUGUUUAGUGAAUAUUUGUUAAAUUUUAUUGUUGUGGCCAGAGAUAAUUUCAGAAUAAAAUUUUAAUGUCCUACCUUA